AAUCUCUUAGAAUCUCUUAGAAUCGCAGGAAAAUGUCGGAAUUGGUUUCCUCGUCGCGGCACUGCUGCUUCCGACCCGUGACCCACUGCAUCUUCGAGCUGGACGGCCUCCUGCUCGACAGCGAGCGCCUGAACACGCGGGCGGUGCAGCAGAUCCUCGACCCCUUCGGCCACAUCUACGGCUUCGACCUGAAGCUGCGGUGCAUGGGCAAGCCCUCCCCGGAGUCGGCGGACAUGAUCAUCGACAGCUACGGCCUGCCCCUCAGCCGCACGCAGUUCCAGCGCCUCCACAGGCUCCACAGUCGGGACCACUUGGGGUCCGUGGGCCUGAUGCCCGGCGCGGAGCGCCUCCUGCGCCACCUGCACGCCUCCCACGUGCCCCUGGCCCUCGAGACGAGCGGCAGUCGAGAGUCGUACGACCUCAAGGUGCGUCCCCACGCCCAGCUCUUCGAGGUCUUCCAGCACGCGGUCGUCGGCGGCUCCGACUCGGAGGUGAAGCGGUGCAAGCCCUCUCCGGAUAUAUUCCUCACAGCCGCCGCUCGCUUCAAGGAUCCCCCGGAGCCGGAGAACUGCCUGGUGCUGGAGUCCUCGCUGCUGGGCAUGGAGGCUGCCUUGGCCGCCGGCAUGCAGGUUGUGCUCGUGCCGGAUCCCCUGCUCUCCAUUCGACUCAGUGCUCCGGCCACACUGAGGCUCCGCUCGCUGGAGGCCUUCAGGCCGCAGUACUUUGGACUGCCCCCCUUCUGAAGAGACCUGCAGAGUGCCUCCUGCAGGAGAAUCCACCACAGCAGACGAUGCUUCCUUCAGAUCUCUCAAAGAAGAAGAAAGAAAAGGGAGUGGCGUUAUGUUUCUGGCCAUUCAAAAUGUGUAGCGGAAGUAGGGAUCAAAGUUCCUAGAAAAAACUCCAACGGAUUCCCAAUCCACUUGGGGACGAACCUUCAGAAUUCCAUCAGAGACGGAUACACAAGAGGAAAGCAAUGAGUAGCCCUCCAGGGGCCUCUUCGAUGGUCCAAGUCCAGGCCCCACCAAAGCCGAGGGGGACAUCCUGGAUGUUGGCUGGCAGUGAGUUUGGGGCUCGCGGCGGCGACUGGCAACGGGCUGAUCGGCAGACGAUGCCUGUACUGAGAAGCUCUAGAAUACAUUUUGAAUCCACUGUAUUCUAGCACUCCUUUCAUAUCAGCGGAGGAGUGGCCGGCGGAGAGCGCAGCGGAGAGGCAUGCUCGUAAUCCUCGGAAUCCCCGUACUCCAUUGUUGUUUUUUCCAAAGGAAUGUUGCCAGAGUCCAAUGUCAAAGGGCAUUCAUGGCGAGAACGCUUUAUUGAGCAUUGCCACAGAUAAUUUCUCGGAGAUCACAAAAUUAUUCGCAAUUUCCAAGCUUUGUGGUAUCGAUAGCUCUCGAUACUUGAGUAGAUUUCUAUUAAUGAAAUAAAAAUAAGAAUGUUUUCGGAUA